CAGAGAAGAAGAGAGGAGGAGAAAAUAUAAAAUGUACUUCACGGCUGUGACCGCCCCUGCCCCUUUUCCCUCUGUAUCUCUCUCCUUCUCUCUCCGUGUCUUUCUCCCUCUUGCGCUGAACUUUUUUCAUUAUUUUUUUAAAUGAUUUUGGGAGAGGGGGGGGAGAGGGCCAUUUGAAACCUGAUUGGGUGCUGGAGCAUCACACACACACAGGAGACUGAGGGCAAGAAACUGAGCGAGAGACAGAGAGAGAAGGGAUCAGCUGUAGCUUCUCCUAGCGGGACAGACAGACAUUUCACUGUAACUGCUCAGCCACACGCCCUCUCCAGUCAGCGCCCUCCCUCGCUAAUAGAAAGACCAGAUCAGGACUCCAACAGAGAAGAGGAGAGACAGACAGACGGGGCCACAGGACAACUAUUUCAUCAUCAUCACUGGUGCUAUUCUCUUUUUUGGAAGUGCUUUUGGAGAAAUCCUCGUGGAAACAUUCUGCCUUGCCUGGCGUCCAUGUUGCAGUGUGGCUGGAGACAAAUGGGAACGUAGGAAAACACCAUCAUCAAAUACUUGUCGUCGUCACUAUUGGACAUCCUGUUUCAAAGUGUUUUAUAAGAACCCUUACCUCUGCUGACACCUGGAGCUGACAGGACAGGACAGUAUGUCUACUGUAAGGAACCCAGUGUCUAUGUGGACCUAUAUCUUGCUUCUAUGGAGCUUCCUGGUUAGUAGGACUUCAUCCUGGCCGGCUUCGGAGCAACAGCUACACCAUCUCAGCUCCCUCCGCUACGGCUCCGGACCCCCAGCCUCUCCGGCCCUCAACCUCACCCUCUCUGAGAGCGCAGAGUCCAAGGUGGAGCGCCUGGGCCAAGCCUUCAAGAAGAAUGUGCGCACGCUCCGGGAGAAGAGCGCACGUCUGGACCUGGUGUUCCUGGUGGACGAGUCUUCCAGCGUGGGGGCCAACAACUUCCUGAGCGAGCUGCGCUUCGUACGGAAGCUCCUCUCGGACUUCCCCGUGGCCCCGGAGGACACGAGGGUCGCCCUGGUUACGUUCUCAUCCAAGACCCACGUGGUGACCCGGGUGGAUCACGUCAAGGCGCCGAAAUCACACCAGCACAAGUGUUCUCUGUUUAACCAGGAGAUCCCUGCUAUCACCUACAGAGGAGGAGGGACCUAUACCAAAGGAGCCUUCCAACGGGCUGCGCAAAUCCUGCGUCACUCGCGGGCCAACGCCACCAAGGUGAUCUUCCUGAUAACGGACGGCUACUCCAACGGGGGCGACCCUCGCCCGGUGGCGGCCGCUCUGAGGGCGCAGGGGGUGGAGAUCUACACCCUGGGGAUCUGGCAGGGGAACAUCAGAGAGUUACAUGACAUGGCCUCACACCCUAAGGACCAGCACUGCUACCUAGUACACAACUUUGCAGAGUUCGAGGCCCUGGCUCGCCGUGCACUGCACGAAGACCUGCCGACAGGAAGCUACAUCCAGGAAGACCUAUCCCGCUGCUCGUCCCUGUGCGAGGCCGGAGCGGACUGCUGUGACAUCAUGGCCAGCUGCAAGUGUGGCACCCACACGGGCCAGUACGACUGCAUCUGUGAGAAGGGCCACUACGGCAAGGGGCUGCAGUACGAAUGCACAGCGUGCCCACCUGGAACCUACAAACCGGAGGGCACUCCAGGAGGCCUGAGUACCUGCCUGCUGUGUCCUGACCAGCACCACACCUCCCAACCCGGCAGCACAGCACCCAGCGACUGUGUCUGCAAGCAGGGUUACAGGUCCCAAGGGAAGACCUGCGAAGUGGUGUACUGCCCAGAGCUGUCUCCUCCAGGGAAUGGUUUCUUCAUCCACAACGUGUGUAAUAACCAGUUCAAUGCGGCCUGCGGGGUGCGAUGCCAGCCUGGCUACGAUCGACAGGGUAGUGGCAUCAGACUUUGCCAGCCAAACGGGACAUGGUCAGGCUCUCCGCCUAGCUGCAGAGUGCGCUCCUGUCCCACCCUCUCCCCGCCCCAGCACGGACACAUGAACUGCAGCAAGGGUGUCGCCUCCUACAGGGCAGCGUGUGAGGUGCGCUGUGCCAAGGGCUACAAGCUGGAGGGAGACGCCAGGCUCAGUUGUCAGGCCGACUCGCAGUGGAGCGGGAUCCAACCACGGUGUGUGGAGGUGCGUUGUCCCCCCAUGGUGACUUUGAGGAACGUCCUGCUGUCGCCCCCUGCCUGUGGACAGAGGAAAGUGAAGCCUGGCACCUUGUGCCGCCUUGCCUGUCGCCACGGUUACCGUCUCCAGGGAGACCUGGAGGCACGCUGUCUCUCCUCCGGGGACUGGAGCGCUAACAUCCAUCAAGCCACCUGCACAGACUCAGAGCCCCCUUGGGUCCAGUGCCCCAGAGACGUGGUGGCAGAGACGGACGAGAGGCGUGGCACUGCCAACAUCAGCUGGAACGUGCCCGCUGCUACUGACAACUCUGGGCAGGAGGUCCUGGUCCAGGUGAAACCUGUGUACACCCCUCCCCAGCUGUUCCCUAUAGGAGAGGAGAGGAUCACCUAUGCAGCUACAGACCGUGCCGGGAACCAGGCUAACUGUACCUUCACUGUCACUGUCAUUGAUACGGAGCCCCCUGUGAUUGACAGGUGCAGGUCGCCACCCACUUUCCAGGCCACAGACAUGCAGACGGCCGUCGUUUGGGAGGUGCCGCAGUUUUCCGACAACUCAGGUGGGCGUCUGAGUGUGUCCACCACCCACACACCCGGCUCUCUCUUCUCUGUGGGAGAGACGGUGGUGAGCUACACAGCUGCCGACCAGGCAGGCAACAAUCGCACCUGUGACCUCACCAUCACUGUACAAGGGUCUACUUGUGAGCAACCAUUUGCGCCAGUGAACGGGGGGUUCGCCUGUUCUGAUGAAGAGGACGGGGUCAACUGUACUCUGUACUGUAACGCUGGAUACAGCUUCACACGGCAGACUGUCCACAGCUACUUCUGUGCCAACAACGGAGUGUGGGAGCCGCCACACUCGCCCGAUAGACCCGACUGCUCCUUGAACCGUAUUGCCAACCACGGCUUCAAGCCCUUUGAGAUGCUGUUCGAAGCCUCUCGCUGUGAUGACCUGGAUCUGGUCAAGUUCUUCACUGGGGAGUUCAACACUAAACUAGGAGACAUGCUCCCGACCAUCUGCAGUCGCGAUGAUGUUGCCUGCAAGUUAGAGGUGAUAUCCCAAGGCCACUGUCUGGAGUACAACUACGACUAUGAGAAUGGAUUCGCCAUCGGCCCAGGAGGAUGGAGCAGUAACUUGGGACCCCAGAGCGGUCAGGACUAUGCCUACUUCGACUCGGGCUUCGCUACGGACAGCCCACGAACCCCCAAGCAGCAGGGUGGUAGUGCCAGGAUGGGAGCCUCCCACUACCGCAGCAAAAGGCACCGUAAGAUCACCACCAGAGACCACAAGAUACAGAUAUUCUUCAACAUCACAGCAAGCAUCCCGCAGCCCUCGUCCCGGAACGACUCAGUGGAGGUAGCCAAUCAGAAGCGCCUGCUGCGGAUCCUGGAGCAGCUGACCAAUCGCUUGAAGCGGACGCUGGCCAAGCAGCCGCUGUCAUCCUAUCACGUGUCGUCUGAGAUGAUCGUGGUGGCUGACCCCAAGUCUCUGGAGAGCAAGAGGGCCUCUCUGUUCUGUCGACCUGGGUCUGUACUGAAGGGGAGGAUGUGUGUCCAGUGUCCAGUGGGGACCUACUACUCCCUGGAGUAUGCAGAGUGUGAGAGUUGCUGGCUGGGUUCCUACCAGGAUCAGGAGGGUCAGAUGGAGUGUAAGACCUGUCCCGAUGGAUCCUCCACAGCCUACCUCCACGCACGCAACCAGGACGAGUGUAAAGAGCAGUGCAAGCCUGGAGGUUACUCUGUGAACGGGCUGGAGACGUGCGAGUCGUGCCCGCUGGGGUACUACCAGCCUGGUUUGGGAUCCAGGGAGUGUCUGGUCUGUCCGGAUGAGACCUCCACCGUCACCAGCGGGGCAAGGGAGAUGGCUGAGUGUGGAGUUCCAUGUUUGGCAGGUCAUUUCUCUCGCACAGGGCUGGUCCCCUGCUACCCCUGUCCCAGAGACUACUACCAGCCAGACCACGGCCGCUCCUAUUGCCUCUCCUGCCCAUUCUACGGCACCACAACAGUUACCGGGGCCACCGCCAUACAGCACUGCUCCAGUUUUGGCUCUAGUUUCCUGCCUAAGGAGGAGAGUGUGACAUCAGCCCCAGAGGUGGUGGUUUCACAGGGCUAUCAGGCUAGUAGCCAGGUCUUCCAUGAGUGUUUCUUGAACCCCUGUCAGAAGGGGACGUGUGAGGAGGUGGGGGCGGGUUACAUCUGCACCUGUCUACCUGGUUUCACAGGGGCGAAGUGUGAGAGUGACAUAGACGAGUGUGACUCGGCACCGUGUCAGAAUGGGGGUCUGUGUAAGGACGGCAUGGGAGACUUCCUCUGCCAGUGCAGACCGGGCUUUGUAGGUUCUCUGUGUGAGGCGGAGGUGAACGAGUGUAGCUCCUCCCCCUGUUUGAAUGAAGGAGUGUGUGUGGACGAGGUCAACCAGUACACCUGCAGCUGUGCUGAUGGCUUCACAGGUUCUCAUUGUGAGCUGGAGAUAGACGAGUGUCAGUCCAGCCCGUGUCUGAACGGGGGGGUGUGUGACGACCUGGAGGGGGGUUACUCCUGCACCUGCCUCCCAGGCUACUCUGGGGACCGCUGUGAGGUCAACGUGGACGAGUGUAACAGCGCCCCCUGUCAGAACGGAGGGACAUGUCGGGAUGCCGUCAACAACUUCAGGUGCCAGUGUGUGGAGGGCUACCGGGGCAGGCUCUGUCAGGUAGAUGUGGAUGAGUGUCAAGCUAACCCCUGUAUCAACGGGGCCACAUGUGUGGACGGACUGGGCUUCUACACCUGCCGCUGCCCUCCUGGGUUCAACGGAACCAGGUGUGAGACAGAGAUGUCAACAUCCUUCAACCUGGACUUCGAGGUGUCAGGUAUCCAUGGUUACGUGAUGAUGGACGGCAUGAUGCCGGCACUGACGGAGAUCACGUGUACUUUCUGGAUGAGGUCUUCGGACACCACCAACUACGGCACGCCCAUAUCCUACGCCGUGGAGGGAAGUGACAACGCCUUCCUGCUCAUAGACUACAAUGGGUGGGUCCUGUACGUCAACGGUAAGGAGCGUAUCACAGACUGCCCGGCGGUCAACACGGGUCAGUGGCACCACAUCGGCGUGUCAUGGCGUAGCUGGGACGGGGACUGGAGGGUCUAUAUCAAUGGCAACCCCUCGGACGGAGGGAAAGGCCUGUCAGUGGGCACCACCAUCCCAGGUGGAGGGGCGUUGGUUCUGGGCCAGGACCAGGACCAGAGGGGCGAGGGCUUCAACCCCGUAGAGUCCUUCGUCGGGUCCCUCAGCCAGCUCCACAUCUGGGACCGGGUUCUCGACCCACAGCAAAUCAAAAUACUAGCCAACACCUGCCCGGGGAACAACAUCAGAGGCAACGUCCUGGCGUGGCCGGACUUCCUCAAUGGAUUGGUGGGGAGAGUCAAGACCAACCCCGACUGCAUAUUCUGUGCUGACUGCCCCCUACUAGAGAAUGCUGUGCCUCACCUGCGUGCGUCCAGUCCAGCUGUCAGCCCCGGCUCUCAGACGCAGCUGUUCUGUGAUCCCGGCUUCUACCUGGUGGGGGAGCCGCUGCUUCAGUGUCAGAACAAGGGAGAGUGGAGUCACGCCCUGCCCCGCUGUGAACGAGUGACGUGUGGUCCCCCUCGGCCCCUGGAGCAUGGUCUAUUCCAGGGUUCCGACUACCACGCAGGCAGCACUGUGGUGUACCAGUGUAACCCUGGCUUCUACCUGCUGGGGGAUGCCAAGGUUCUCUGUACCAACAGUGGGAAGUGGGGAGGAAACCCACCAGCCUGCCUGGAUGUGGAUGAGUGUGCUUUGGGCUCAGACUGCGAUGAACACGCCAGCUGUCAGAACACAGACGGCUCUUAUACCUGCACCUGUAUCCACCCCUACACCGGAGAUGGGAAGAACUGCACAGAGCCAGUAAAGUGUGAGAACCCGGGGGCACCAGAGUUCGGUUACCGGGACGGCAGUAACUUCUUGAUGGGAAGUGAGGUUGUGUUCAGCUGCAAGGAGGGUUACGAACUGAUUGGCUCAUCGCAUGUCCAAUGCCUGGAGACAGGAAGCUGGAAUGGUGUUUUCCCAUAUUGUAGAGCCCUCUCCUGUGGACGGCCCUCUGUCCCAGAGAAUGCUGUGAUGAUGGGGACCAACUUCACGUUUGGAAGCAAGGUGACUUUCAGCUGUGUUACGGGGUUCGUCCCAGGUGACCCCUAUGAUAUGCGGUGUCAGGGCAGUCUGAAGUGGAGCAGAGCGCCCCCUGCCUGUCAACGAGUCACCUGUGGGGACCCUCCACGCGUAGACAAUUCAGAUGUCACCCUCAAAGGGACAACUUACCUGUCCACAGUGCUCUACACCUGUGCAGAGGGAUACAGACUGCAGGGCUCUGAGGAGGUGGUGUGUGAGGCGUCAGGAGAGUGGAGCAGCCCUGCUCCUUUGUGUGCCAGCAUCCACUGUGGAGACCCUCCUGCCCUCCGAGACGCCGCAACCAUCGGGGACGACCACGCCCUGGGCAACAAGGUGCACUACGUCUGCAAAGAAGGAUACACUCUGAUUGGACCAGAGACCAGAGAGUGCCUGUCAACUGGCCAAUGGAGUCCUACCUUCGCUCAGUGUGUCCCCCGAUCCUGUGGCCCUCCCCCUUCCAUAGACCACGCCAUUGCCCAUGCCGGCCACCAGCUCUUUGGCGACACGGCCAACUACUUCUGCACAGACGGCUACACCGCUGGCAACAAUUCUAAGGUGGUCUGCAACGCCCAGGGAGUGUGGGCACCCCCCGAAGGCCAGGAGGACCCUCACUGCAUUGCCAAUUUCUGCCAGCGCCCGACUGACCUGCCCCACGCCAUCUUGGACUCCGCCAAUAAGCCCAAGUAUGCCAGCAACACAGAGGUCAGCUACAAAUGUGAAGAGGGUUUCGUCCUCAACACAACCGCCACACUGAAAUGCAUGAUUGGAGGGAAAUGGAUGCCCUCGCCGUACGAUGUGGGUUGCGUGCCGGUGCGGUGCUCCAAACCAUCUGGCAUCGAGAGGGGGUAUGUGAGUGGAACCAACUAUAGUUUUGGAGCAAUGGUGGCGUACAGUUGUGAUAAGGGUUUCCUGAUCCGAGGGGAGAAGAGGAGGACAUGUAAGGCCAAUGGAGAGUGGGGAGGGGUCCUACCUGUCUGUCAGCCUGUCUCUUGCCCCUUCCCCCCGCCCCUCAAAAAUGGAUUCAUCCAGAACAAAGGCCGUUUCUUCUUCAACAGCAAGGUGACAUACGCAUGCAACGCCGGCUACCGGCUGACGGGCCGUCCGGUGCGACUAUGCCAGGCCAACCGCCAGUGGUCUAACGGCGACUCACCCGUCUGCCACCUCCUGACCUGCGACCCCCCGCCCAGCAUCCUGCAUGGCCAAUACCGAGGCUCUGUCUUUGAGGUGGGCCGCAAGGUCGAAUACGUCUGCGACGAGGGCUACGAGAUCGCUGGCGACGCCGUGUGGACGUGUCUGAAGUACGGCAAGUGGGACAAAUCGAGGCGUCCUCACUGCUCCCCAGUCCAGUGUCCAGAGCCGCCCCUAGAGGAGAACCACCUGGUUCUACGUAGUCUAGACUCUGACUCCGGAACUGUGGAACUGUCCUGCGAGGACGGGUAUGUUCUUCACGGUGCCCGGACCCUCCACUGCACCCCCGCCCAGGAGUGGAAUGACACCUUCCCCGUCUGCAAGCAGGUGUUCUGCGGCCCGCCGCCCGAGGUGGCCUUUGGCGACCAAUCGUCAGCACCGCUAUCGGCCCCGUCCUAUUUCAGCUCGGUGGUGAGAUACUCCUGCAUGGACGGGUUUACUCUGAGGAAGGAGGGGUCUGUGACCUGCCAGGCGGAUGGACACUGGAGCAGCCCUGUCCCAGAGUGUAUACCAGUAGAGUGUCCCCAACCUGUAGAGAUAGCUAACGGUAUAGUGGACGUUCAGGGACUGAUGUAUCUCAGCACUGCCCUCUACAGCUGUAAACCUGGUUAUACUUUAGUAGGCAACGCUACAGUACUCUGUGGUGAAAGUGGGUUAUGGAUUGGAGGCGUGCCUUCUUGUCGACCAAUCGAGUGCUCCGUCCCCAAAGAGAUACCCAGCGGGAAGGUGGCGUAUACCAAACUGCAGUUCAGCCACGCUGUCACCUACUCCUGUCGCCGUGGUUACCGUCUCCAAGGCCCCAAGACAUUGAAGUGUCUGGCAAACGGGCAGUGGGAUCAAGAAACACCUGUGUGUGUCCAGAUCUACUGCGCCCCGCCCAACCCCAUAGACAACGGCUUUGUGGAGGGACUCGACCACAAAUUCGGCGUCACCAUCUUCUACAGUUGUUUCCCCGGCUUCCAAUUGUUUGGCCAGAACCACCUCACCUGCGAGGAGUUCGGUUGGUCUAGUUCUGUCCCAGUCUGUGUUCCCUCUGACUGCGGCCUGCCUCCUCAUAUAGACUUCGGCGACUAUUUGAGACUCUUGGAUCCGAACGCAGAGCUAGCCGGCAGGGACGCAGCUAUAACCUCCAAGCCUAUAGGUGGUGCUACAGUGGCAUUUUCACUCAUGGAUAUGCGCUUCCUACAUGGGACUGUGAUAGUGUACCGCUGCCACAAGGGCUACGAACUUACAGCCCCUACGGCCUUGGUGUGCCUGGAGGAUGGUGGAUGGAAUGGGACGGCUCCGAUGUGUGUCCCUGCAGAGUGUGAGGAGCCGUCAAGCCCGGACCACGGUUCUGUGAACAUCACAGACACAACCCUGGGCAGCCUGGUGAAGUACAGCUGUGAGCAGGGAUACGAGUUAGAGGGAGAGUCAGUCAGACAGUGUGUGGCGGGCCGACAGUGGAGCGAUGUACCGCCUGUCUGCCGACCUAUAAGCUGCGAUGACCCGGGCAGCAUUGAUAACGGCUCGAACCACGUGGAUUCCUUCCUGUAUCUGGGGGUGUUGCACUACGAGUGUAAUUCCGGGUUCAACCUGAAGGGCGGCGACACCAGGACCUGUCAGGCAGACGCUAGGUGGGAUGGUGAGAAGCCGUGGUGUGAGCCUAUCUUAUGUGGCUCUCCAGUCGUCCCUAGUGAUGUCACUGUGAAGGGGAAGGAAUAUACCUUUAGCAAACAGGUUGAGCUGAGCUGUAGGGCUGGAUUGCUCCUACAAGGCCCCUCUGUUAGUGUGUGUCAGGCCGAUGGUACAUGGAGUCAAGGGUCACCUGAAUGCCGCCCAGCAAACUGUGGCAGACCAACAUCCAUCCAAAAUGGUCAAGUAUUGGGCUUGGACUUUGGCUACGGUCAUGAGGUGUGGUACAAGUGCGAGGAGGGGUACAGCCUCAGCGGCGGCAACCCCACACGGCUGUGUCGCGGGGAUGGACUCUGGGGGGAAGGCCCUGCCCCUCGCUGUGACAUCAUUGCCUGUGACCCCCCGCAGGACAUCAGUCACGGGUUCCUCAACGGCUCCAGCUUCAACUACGAUGAUGUCGUAGAGUACGUGUGUUUCGACGGGUACGAGGUUGUCGGAGACCCCGUCCUCCGCUGUUCUGCCCAGGGCCACUGGGUUGGGACGGUACCAGAGUGCCUCCCCUGCCUCUGCACCCCUCCAAUGUUAAAAUACGGGGUGGUGCUGGGGCGCGACCACGCCUGCGGUGACCGGAUCUCCUUCCACUGUGAUGAGGGCUACAAGAUCCUGGGGCCAUCAACGGCAACGUGUGAGAAGGGCGGGUUGUGGAGCCCAGGUGUUCCUGUGUGUGGCCGGGGGAGGUGCGUGGCCGCUCCACCUAUAAUACCGCACGCUGUCCAGCAGGGCGGCGGCGCCACUGCAGCUGACACUGUCACCUACAGGUGCAGACCAGGUUACCAGAUGAAGGGGUCCUAUCCCCAUGUUACCUGUGGUAGGGAAGGCAGGUGGGGGGAGGUGAGGAUCAGCUGUGAGCCCGUCUCUUGUGGAGCUCCAACUCCUGUGCCCCAUGCUCAGGUGGUGGGAGAGACAUUCACUUUUGGGAGCCAGAUACAAUACAGGUGUGAUGAGGGGUAUGAGCUGUCCAGCCAGUCUGACUCUCUGAGCUGUCAGUCUGAGGGCACCUGGUCUAAACAAAGCAUCAGGUGCCGCCCCGCUCCGUGCCCGCUCCCUGCCAACCUCCCCACCCACGUCAUGGUCACGGGGGAGGACCUCACCCCGGUUGGGGGGGUAGUCACCCUCUCCUGCCCAACGGGGUUCAUCCUGCAGGGACCAGACCUGGCAGAGUGCCAACUAGGUGGUAGCUGGUCUCCAGGCCUGUCCUCUGUCUCCUGUGGUCUGGUAGUUUGUGAGAAACCUCCACUUCUUCCACAUGGCAUCACUGAGGGGGACAGUUACAGCUACGGAGACAUUGUCUUGUACACCUGCCUGCCUGGGUUUGAGAUGAAGGGAGACUCUGUACAGACCUGUCAAGGAGACAGAACAUGGAGUGGGGCUCAGCCUACGUGCGUCACUGUAUCAUGUGGCCCACCUCCCUCUGUGGAGAAUGCAGAGGUACAGACAUCGGACGAAGCGUACCAGGGCAACGUCAGCUACGUGUGCAAUCCUGGCUUACAUCUGGUUGGCCCACAGAACCUCACCUGUCUGGCCAAUGGAACAUGGAGCCUGCCUGCACCAACAUGUAAAGUUGGCCAGGGUUGUGACAUCCCCAAGGAGCUGUUGAAUGGCAGGGUGCAGGAAGAGAACCUGACCACCGGGCGUGCUGUUGCGUUUCAGUGUGAUAAAGGCUACGCCCUAAAGGGGGAUACUCUGGUGGUGUGUAUGGGAGACGGGACAUGGAGCUCCACCUUCCCCUUCUGUCAACCCAAGCCGUGUCCCCCUCCCCCGGGAUGGAAGGUGAGCGGUGGGGGUGUGAACACCUCUAAACAGCUGUUCUACGUGGGCCAGUCGUUACCGCCCACCUGUCCCAUGGGUCACCAGGCCAAGGGCACCGCCACCAUCACCUGUAGGACAGACCAGACAUGGACCCCAGUCAGCACUGUCUGUGAGAGGGUCUCCUGCGGCCCCCCUCGCCACGUGGCCCACGGGGUGGUGCGGGGGGCGGUGUUCCAGUUCGGGGAUGUGGCGAUGUACUCGUGUUUCGGAGGGUACGCCAUGGAGGGCCACAGCAGAAGUGUGUGUCUGGAGAACGGGACCUGGACCCCCCCUCCCGCCUGCAGAGCGGUGUGUUGGCUACAGUGCCUGAACGGAGGGGUGUGUCAGAGACCCAACACCUGUUCCUGUCCUGAGGGGUGGAUGGGCAGACUGUGUGAGGAACCGAUCUGCAUCCUGCCGUGUCUGAACGGUGGGAGGUGUGUGGCGCCCUAUCAGUGCGAGUGUCCCACGGGCUGGAUGGGGACGCGCUGCCACAGCGCGGUGUGCUUGUCGCCCUGUCUGAAUGGUGGAAGGUGUAUCAGGCCUAACCGGUGUCAAUGUAGUCCAGGAUGGAACGGGCACGACUGCUCGAGGAAAAGAAAAUCAGGAUAUUUUCAUUUUUAAGAAGUCCAGCGUGAAAGAUCUUGCUCUCAAAUGGGAGUUUUGUAUAAUUAUUUCAUAAUUGUAAACCAUGCAUUCUCUCAAAAAACAAACCUGAUACAUUGUAAAAUAAAGCUGUAUUUUUUCAUAUAGAAAAUCAACAGUAUUAACUAUAUGCUGCUAUAUACUUGUAUGAUGUGUAAAAACUGUGAUUGUCCAAUGUAAACUAUUCUCACAUUUUUAUUAAAGCAGAAAAUACAGUACAA